UGCUAUUUCGUUUUGUCUUGCUUUCUCCUUUCCCCAACCCCCACCCUCACCUCUCCGCAAAGACUCUACUAGCCCCCGUAACUUUCCGUUUCUAACGCCAUCGCACCUAUGCCUGCAAUUACACAAACAUAUGAAGUCUUGCUCGACUUCACGAACGAUACACACGACUGCGCAACAAUCCAGCUACUGCGGGAGUAUGGCCGGAACACAAGCGCAGUCGUCCUGCUACACCCUGGAGAAAGUAUCACCCUGGUCCUUGAAGCAGGUUCCAUGUAUAAAUAUGCUCUCAAAUCACAUUCAAAGGUUGCCAACGUGAGCGCACGGAGCUGGCGAGACAUUAACUGCGAAAUAUCGCAUCUAUUUGCUGGAGUCCCACCGUCAUGGUCUUCUUUACGCGGGUCCACAAGUUCGCCCGCUAGCGGUAUCACCGUUGACCGAGUAUGGCGGGACUAUCGGUUCAGUGUUUGGAAUGAUGCUUGAUGCGAGACCUCUUGAUGCGAGACCAUACCCUGAGGGGCAGAAGCCUUCAUAUGAUACCAUCAUUGCAACCUCCCGCUAGAGGAUAUAUCAGCAUUUGCACGUAAUCUUGUAACGAUGAUAAGCAAUCAAGAGUUUAUUGUUGUCAUCCUUCCGAUAUCCGCCAUGGGCAUCCUAAUCGACACCGUGUCUGAUGAUACAUUAAGGUAAUCAAUCUGCUGCGGGUUUGACCUAGGCGAGAGUGGAA